AUGUGUCCUGCCCAAGCCCACUUAAUUUUCUCAAUAUUUUGGGAGCUCAAGGAGUGUGACGAGUUGCUGCGGCGCUCUGAGGCCGACCUGGUGGUGGCACAGAAAGUGGCACGAGAGCAUGGCAUUGAAGCCGAGCGGCUGGGCGCCGAGGCCGCGGAGCUGAGUGUGACCGUGCGUGACCUCUAUGCCAACCAAGAGGUGCAGAAAACUGAGGUGGACACCCUGCGGGAUGAAGCGCUGGAGUUGCAGCAACGGCUGCAGGAGACCAACACUUGCUUCGAGGAGACCGCCAAUUCUCUGGAGCAACAUCAUGAGCGUGCGGAGCUGUCUCAGGCAGAACUGGUGGCGAUGAAGGCACGGUUAGGCGAGCACAAGGUGGAGUGUGAGCGGAUGCUGCAAAAUGAGAAGUGCCGUGCUCGGGAAGAGCUCGACAACACCAGGGGCAAGAUGGAGUUCAUCAAGGCCGAGCUGGAAGUCUCCAGGGCAGAGGAGGCCGCGACGGCACAGGAAGUGGUGCGGCUGCAGUACACAGUUCAUCACGCGGAUGCGGAGAUGAAUUUCAUGCGCGGCCAGAUCGACGGGCUGCAGCACCAGAUGCGCGUGGGUUACUGA